AUGUCUUCUGCAAUCACGCAAAGUAGCGUCGACGCGAAAGCCGAGGAGAUACUCAAGAUCAUCGAACAGUAUGGUUUGAACUACGAGCGGACUGGCAAAUGGGAUGGGUUCGAGACGUUCCUGCCGAUCGUUAAAGGGCAGGUUGAGCGCAAAGAGCCCGUGCUCAUGCUACUUCCUGGGUUUCCGUUCAAGUCUCCAAACACAAAGGAUAAGGUUUUGGGCGUUUUGCCGGAUCUAGGCGAGGAGCUUGCGCUGAAGCAUCUGGAUGGGCUUUGCGAGAAGAUCAAGGCAGUGUAUGAGUUUGGCGCCGAAUGCCAUAUCACCUCUGAUGGUCUUGUAUACAACGACCUUCUCGGCGUGAGUGACGAGACGGUAUGGAAUUUUGGGCAAAGCGUUCGACAGAUAGCAGCCGACAACAACCUCAACAACAUCAGCUUCUUAAGACUGUGGGACAUACUCAAGUAUUCAGGAGAUUUCCAAUCCAAAGAAUACUAUCUCGAGAACGCGUCCAAUAUCCGCAAAGAACUCAAGCGACAGUACGGCGAUCCCAAGUUCGAGGCAGAUAUGGCAAAUACUAGCACUAGCGACAUGCAGAUGACGCACACCAAGUAUCUUGAAUUUCUGAAGCAGGACCUGGCAUUGAACGAGAGACAUCUUGCUCUCUCCCCAGAGGACCAGGCCGCGAAUAUUGCAAAUACAGCAAAAGAGAUGAUGGGUCGGUGGAAGGCCUUCUCUGCUGCAAUGGCAGCUGUGCCUACGCAGUAUGUGCGCCUGUCUAUUCACGAUUCUGGUGGAAAGGACAAGCUGUCCAUGGCUGUUAUUCCGCAACAAGAAAAAGGUGCACUCGGGGCGACGCCAUGGCACUCGACACUGGUCAUUGAGGAGGAUGGGUCGAUGCGCACUGUGCAGCGGUGCAAGGUUGACGAGACCAAGUAUCGUCUUGUGUAUCGCGAUGGGCGGCCUUAUUGUUUCCGGGCUGGGGCAGGCAGUAGGCAGGAUUCGAACCAAAGCUUUGCAGAGCUAUAUCCUAGUGGUCUCACGAUUCGGGAUCGGAGGGCGGUUUCUGACAAUCAGCGGAAAGGCUAG